AAAAAGCAUCAGUUUAGCAGUGUUAUUAUUAUUAACAUUACCAUUAUUAUUAUGAAUUUUAUUAUUUAAAAAUAAAUUUGGUCAAUGUACAAUUUAGUUACACAUUUAUAUAAACCUGUCCCAACUAACUAUCUUAUAUCAUUCAUUAGUUUAAUUAUUGUAAAAGGGAAUGAACAGACUAUUUAAUAUUCCUUAUGUAUAUGUACAUCAUGUAAUAAUACAUCAUAUUAUUUAAUUAUAAUUACAACAUCAUUACAAUAUUGAAUAAAAAUCAAUAUUUAAUUAAAAAUUUUCAAUUAAUAAAACAAUAUGGAAUUUUCAUUAUUAUUUUCUCUUAUGAAAUAAUUUUAAUGUUUAAGAUGAUACAUAACAUCGCAUCAAGUUGAAAUUAACUCGGUCAGUAAUGGAUUUUGAAACCAAACCAAAUAUGAAUGAGAAUCAGCAGCCUCAAUCGGUACAAUCAUCAUCGUCACCGAAUGUAGAUAAUUCAUCCUCAGGCCAUCCAAACUCUCACCCAACUGUAAAUCAUGUUAUUCAUGAAGAAAAUGGGAAUGAUGAUGAAGGGAGAUAUACUCAUGAUGAAAUUCAUCUAAAUAAUCAUCACAAUCAUAGUAAUCCGUUGACCGCUGGUAGUAAAGUUUGUGGAGCUGCAUUUAAUACCAUGCCAAUUUAUGAUCCACAAGGCAGCUUAGUUGGUCUACAAGCAUCAACAGAUAGAAAUUUGUUGGAAGAUUUCGAUAACGAAGGAAGAAAUGAACCUCUUGGGUAUAGUACAUAUUUAGAAUCUGGUUUUCACCAUCAUCAUCUUCAUAAUCAGUAUAAUUUGGCCCUUCAACAAAAUGCAAAUAUGGUUCCAGGUGAAUAUAAUUUACCAUAUGGAGCAUAUGCUUUUAAAUCUCAAAAUCGUCAUUUGUUUACACCGCUACCAUGUCAAAAGCAACAACAACAACAAUAUCACCAACCAAAUUAUUCUUUUCUCCAUAACUAUCAACAAGCACAAUACCAGCAACCACAGAAUCAUCAACAAACCCAUUACGUUCACCAGUAUCAACCUCAAGCAGCUAAGACACUUCUAGUUAGGUCUGCUUCAGGCAUCAUUGGCAUAGAUCAAAAUAACCAUAAUAAUCCUGAUGCGUUUAGACCAUUAUCUAAUGAAACAUUUGACAAAUGUCCUAUAGUUUGUAGUCUAUUCGCCAUAUUGUGUUGUCCAAUUACCAUAUGGUGUUCAUUACCAGCGUUAGUUUAUUCGCUAUGUGCCUAUAGUGAUUAUCGUGCCUCAGAUAUUAUUCAGUAUCGACGUAAGAGUGACGUCUCAAGGCAUUUAGUGAUUACAGCAUGUAUAGUUGGUUUAUUAUUAUGUAUAACAUGGGCAAUUUUAACAUUCUUUUACUAUGAAUUAAUGUUAUCAGUAUUUAAUGAUAUUAUACGUGUAAUUUCUCAGAGAAUACGAUCCGGUAUAUAAAAGUAUGUCAAUUUAAGUAAUCAUAAAAUAAUGCAAAUAUUUCUCAUGCUCUUUUGUUUUUCGUUUAAUUUAAUUCAUAUUUACUAAACUUUUGCAGUUUCCAAGUCUCAUGAAAGCAAGCUAUUGUAUUCCAUGAAAAUGUUAGUUUCCGAAUAUAUGAUUUUAAAUAAAAAAUUCAAGAAAAUGAAUGGUCAUAUUUACCAAAGGCA